AAUUACAUUUACAAGCAAGCGAGAAACGGACUCUCCUGCAUCUCCCUCCAUCUCUCUCUCUCUCUCUCUCUCUCUGUGAAAUGGAAUGAAAUAGUUUCAGAAUGUACUUCACUUCCCUUUACACGCACAACACAUAGCUAGCACCACACAGUUCGCAAGAACACAACCCAAAAUGUUAUAGAACUCCCAUUAUUUCUCAACACAGUUCUUUCUCAAUUCAAUUUAAUCUUUCACGUUAGUUAUUGUUUAGUACCUGAAUUUAAUCUCUCUCUUGUGAACCCUUGAAAUUCAAUUCAAUUUAAUUCAAUUCUCAAAAGAACCAUGAAAUUGCACAAACAAUCUACUAUAAGCCACCGACGAGACGAAGAGAUCCCCACAAGCCAAACCUCUCCGUAUUCACCCAAAUCCUUAAAACACCCCAGAUCUCUACCAAGAUCCAUCCACUACCUCUUCAAAGAACAGAGACUCCUCUUCAUUCUUGUGGGUAUCCUCAUUGGAUCCACAUUCUUCAUCCUCCAACCCACUUUGUCCCGCCUCGGCCCCUCCGAGUCCCAUUCGUCGAUACCCAGAUCGUUUUCUGUCACAAAGCGUGAUUCUGUGUCGAACCCAUUUCGCAGUUCCAAGGAUUAUGGAACUGACAAGGUCAACGGAAGAGUGCCGGUGGGGAUCCCACGGAGACGGAUGAGAAUUGUGGUGACUGGCGGAGCUGGAUUUGUGGGUAGUCAUUUGGUUGAUAAGUUGAUUGCUAGAGGAGAUGAUGUGAUUGUGAUUGAUAAUUUCUUUACUGGGAGGAAAGAGAAUGUGAUGCACCAUUUUCAGAAUCCCAGGUUUGAGCUUAUUAGGCAUGAUGUUGUUGAACCCAUAUUGUUGGAGGUGGAUCAGAUCUAUCACUUGGCUUGCCCUGCUUCACCGGUUCAUUACAAGUACAAUCCUGUCAAGACUAUCAAGACAAAUGUGAUGGGUACCCUCAACAUGUUGGGACUUGCAAAAAGAAUUGGGGCUAGGUUUUUGCUCACUAGUACAAGUGAGGUUUAUGGGGAUCCACUUGAGCAUCCACAAAAGGAGACAUAUUGGGGAAAUGUUAAUCCAAUAGGUGUGAGGAGCUGCUAUGAUGAAGGGAAACGAACGGCUGAAACGUUAACAAUGGAUUAUCAUCGAGGUGCAGGGGUUGAGGUGCGCAUUGCACGUAUUUUCAAUACAUAUGGUCCUCGCAUGUGUCUAGAUGAUGGACGUGUUGUCAGCAACUUUGUUGCACAGGCCAUUCGCAAACAACCACUGACUGUAUAUGGUGAUGGAAAACAAACACGAAGCUUCCAAUAUGUCUCUGACUUGGUUGAUGGACUGAUGUCAUUAAUGGAAGGAGAGCAUGCAGGACCUUUCAACUUGGGUAACCCAGGGGAGUUCACCAUGUUGGAGCUCGCUGAGGUUGUUAAAGAAACAAUUGAUUCUAGUGCGAGAAUAGAAUUCAGAGAAAACACUGCUGAUGAUCCACAUAUGAGGAAACCAGAUAUUAGCAAAGCAAAGGAGCUGCUGAACUGGGAGCCCAAAGUAUCCUUGCGAGAAGGGCUGCCUCUCAUGGUGACUGAUUUUCAAAAUCGCAUCUUAAAUGAAGAUGAAGGCAAAGGGCACUAGUAAGGAUGACAAUCAAAUCAGUAUGUAUAGAGUUAAAAGCACAUUGUGUAUCUUGAAUAUUUUUUUUAACUAUAUCUUGAAUUGGUACUAUCGUUCCCUCACAUCUCGAGUUUCUGCUAUAAUCAUUCUCAUUUAUUUACAUUACCUGGAAAAUUUCAGCAAUAUGCUGCAUUUGUAAGAAGAUAUUUCUGUUAUUUCUCCACAUUUUUGCAACCAACGGGAAAAAAAUAUAUAUAUAGAAAAUGAAAUAAAACAUCUACAUUUGUGCUUU